AUGUCAGACUCAACCUCAGACUCGGAUGAUACAACAACAACAACAUAUUUGUCAGAUAGCAAUGAUCUUGAUGGCAGUUCGAAUCCUAAAAAGGCAAAAGUGACGAGAAAAAACUAUGGUGCUGCUGUGUAUCGCACAAAAUUUAAUCCACAGUGGCGAGAAAAAUUUCCUUUCAUCGACAAAGUAUCAGAUGAUAUUUACAGCUUUUACUGCAACAUUUGUAAACGAAGUGUGAAAUGCAGUCAUAUGGGUAUAACCGACGUUGAAAGACAUAUUUGCAAUCAAAUGCACAUUGCUAAUGUGAAAGCCGCUCGCGGUCAUGAGCGUACAAUCAACUUCCCCAGGAAUGACAGCCCAUUAAUUGAGAAGGUAUGUAAAAUAAUAUAAAUGUUAAACAGUGGUAAGCGGAUUGGCCUGUAACAUACGACCACUGACAUAUAUACACUGGACUGAGUUCUCCAAUCCAAAAGUGUCCACACAAAAGAUGAUGAAAGUUGACGUAUGCAACUUGGUGGUUGUUUGAGCACUCUGGCCAUAUGACACUCUGCGCAUGUCUGGAUGUGUUGAUGGCCCGUGCUGUACCACAUGCGCUUGGGAGAGCAAGUUGCAUGUCUAUAAAUACGAAAGUCAUCGCGUAUCUAGAUGUGUACCAAGCUGCACUGACGAGGCGUAGGACGAACAUGCAUGUCUGCAGAUUGUACUACAUAUACAUAUAUAUACAUAUAUAUACAUAUAGGCCUCACCCGCAAUAUUACCGCAUGCCAACACGAAAGGCAGUUUGCGAGCCUGGUCAGCGAUUCAUCCCAUGAUUCUCAAAACCUACAUGACGCGGACACUUUCCGCAAGUAAAACUUAACGGAGUAAUCAGUCCAGGUUAGUAUAUCACUAUAGGUCAGUGCAUACGACGCGCUAGCGACCGACGAAUUUAGCGGUUCGUUCAAUUAAAAUCGUUUGUUUUAAUUUAAAUUCGUCUGUAGAGCUUUAUGUGAAACAAGCCGUAAUCACUUAAAUGCUUUUCUAUGUAAUAUUUCUGAUGACGUCAUACAUGUUGAAAUUAAAGAAAUGUCUCUUCUGCUCGCAGACUACUCGUGCAGAGGUCAAGAUUGCAACAAUGCUGGUGAAGCAUAGUAUUCCACUCGCCGUAGCGGACGAACUCACUCCACUUUUUCAGGAUGUGUUCUCUGAUAGUCAAAUCGCAAAGAACUUUUCAUCAAGGAGAACAAAAACAACAUGUAUAAUAAAUGGUGCUGUCGCUCCACUUUUCCAAAGUAUCCGGGUAGAUAAGAUAAAAAAUGGACCAUUUGCCAUAGCCACAGAUGGAUCAGGUGACUCAGCCCCUGAAAAGAUGAACUCCCUAACAGUGCGCAUAUUUGAUAUUAACCGUGGGAUGGUAUGCACACUUGAUAUUAACCGUGGGAUGGUAUGGUUAGACAUGUGCAUGUCUUCUUCAUCAACCGCAGAGGGUAUAUUUGCCAAGAUGCAAGGUGUCAUGCAGAAGCAUCAAAUAUCCUGGGAUAAUUGUGUCGGAGUUGGUGUUGACAACACCUCAGUUAAUAUGGGUUGUAACAAUUCCAUCAAGACAAGGGUUCUCCAACAAAACGGAGCCAUCUACAUUAUGGGCUGUUCAUGUCACAUAGUUCACAAUACUGCAGGAAAAGCAGCAGAAGCGUGUGAAACUGUAAGUAUAGUAUGUUAAAUUGUGACCGCUCAGUUUGUUUAGCAUCCGACUAUGAAGCGGGAGGUCAUGGGUUCAAAUCCAGGCCGGACCAACACAAACGGUUUUAAAAUAAUUGAGGAAGAAGGUCCUGCCAUUGCUCUUAGACCUUCAAUUAUUCUCGAGCAAGGACGUUAAACCGUAGGUUAAGGCUUUCUACCGAAAUGUAACUACUUCUCUUUUAUUAAGGUUUCAAAAUUUAAUGUUGAAGAUCUUGUGAUAGACAUCUUCUUUUGGUUUGACGAAAGUACGAAAAGAAAGGCAUGUCUGAGUGAAUAUUGCAGUUUUUGUGACAUCGACUACAGACAGAUUGUGAAACAUGUGAACACCAGAUGGCUUAGCUUAGAGCGAGCGGUUAGUCGUGUACUACUACAGUAUGAUGAUCUUGAGAGCUACUUUUUGUCUGAAGGUUUGUCUUUUUUCCUUCAGUUUUGACAUUUUAACUUAAUUUUCCUUGCACUGUUUAGUAUAACGAAACUCAUCCUGCUCUGUAUUUUUAUGUUUUUUAUACAGAGGACAAUUCAGCUCGGUCCACUAGGCUGCAUACUUUGUUUGAGAAACCAAUGACAGAAAUGUACCUACUAUUCUAUCAAUCAGCGCUACAAACCUUCAUCCACUUCAACUUGUUUCUGCAGAGAGAGGAUCCAGUUAUUCCUGUUAUUGACGAUCAACGGGAUGAACGGGAAUUUCAGAGCAAUGGAUUUCAAAGAUCAGGACAACCAACCUUCUGGUAUAUAUAAUAAUAGCUAGUUAACCUAAUCCUAUUAGGACAAGUCUAAGCACCCGUUUCAACUACUUAACCAAACGUUAACUUUACACUUAUUACAGAUUUUAAAUUAUUUUUUCUGUUUAGAUAACCAACUGUUUGUUGGUUUUCUUACAAGAACGAAAUUGCGGGAACUCUUCAAUGAUGGAGACAUCAGUGAGCAUGACCAAGCUAAGUUUUAUAGAAAUGUUCGGGCGUUUUAUGAACGAGCUAUGGAGUAUGCCCUUUUAAAUCUUCCUCUGGAGGACGCACUGUUACAAAAUGCUGGAUUUGUGAAUUUUUAUGUCAGAGAGACAGCCACCUUUCAGCAAGCUGAGUAUUUUGUGGCGAGGUAAGUGUCGCUGUAUGUCGGUGUGUAUGCCUUUGAACAUAAACGACUUACAUUUAGGGACAAUUGGAAAAGUAUACUUGACGUAGUAAAAUUCUGCUAUUUUAACUUUGUUCCACUUAGAUUCGGUGACCUGCUGCCAUUUCAGUCACCAAGAGAGAUGGAUGUAUUGUUGGAUGAAUUUGUCGAGUACCAACUUUUGCAAGAUGAUGACAUACCUUCCGACGUGUGCGAAAAAGCCUCGAUUGUCAUAGAUGAUGACACUACAUACCACCGUAUGGAUAUCGUAUGGCAUCACAUUUCUACCUUAAAGGCUCCAGAUAGCAGAUUACGAUUCAGUCGUCUAUCAAAGGUUGCAAUGUUGGUACUUAUAAUCCCACACUCAAAUGCGGAAGAGGAGCGUGUCUUUUCAAUGGUUCCGGCCAGCCCUUGA